UUGCUGCACCACCCCCUGAGGCCGCGCGGGCCGAGCCGCAGGCACUGGUACCUGCCCUCGCGAUGGGCGGACCGUUGGCGUAGCCAGAGGCACUGUCAGUGGCGGAGGUGACGUCCGCGCCGACCACGACGCCGUCAUGGGGACGGUGCUGAGCUUCAGCCCGCGAGAGCGGCGCCCCGGCCCCGCCAACCCCGUGGCCUUCGCGUCCAGCACGGGUCUGGGCUCCGAGUACACGCUCAACAACUACAGCCUGGAGCAGCUCAACAACGUCAAGAACCAGCAGCAGCUGCCCACCCCGCAGGUGUUGCCCCAGGUGCAAGUGCUGUCACCCUCGCCGUCGGCACCGCAUCUGCAGGUGCCCCCCGCCUCCUCGCACCACAUCCACAACAACAACAAUAACAACAACAAUAACAUCAACAACGACGCGACGACGCGCAUCCUGUGCGAGAAGAACACCAACGCGCUCGACAAGAACCUCAAGAAGCAUUCGCUGUUUAUCAACGCGCUUAGCUGGAAGCGGUUCUCCACUACCAACAACAACAAGAACAAGAACAACAACAAAAACAAGAACCUGACAGCGUUCCGCCAGCCCAUCGUGGACAACAUCCACCACCCGCUGGCGCACGGCGUCGUGGUGGACAAGAACAAGAACUUCCAGAAGUCGGGCGGGCACGCGCCGCUCGCCUCGUACUACCCCGUCGUCAAGUCGGCGUCCACCAACACGGUGUCCAUCAGCGCGCUGGACGUGGUGCACGCGUCGCACGCCGCCAGGGACGCCGCUAGGGACGCCGCCAGGGCCAACAACGCCAACAACAACCAGCACCAUGCCGACAAGGCCGACAAGCUGGUGCCCAAGGCGGGCCUUCCCUCGGCCGCGCUGCCCGCCCAGGCGCAGCCGCAGGUCGUGCCGCCCCAGCAGCAGCCCGCCAAGGUGUCGCACGGCGUGCAGACCAACCUGCCCGUCCCCAGGAAGACCGUCAUCCAGGCCUCCACGUCCGAGCUGCUCAAGUGCCUGGGCAUCUUCCUCCACACGCGCUGCCGGCGGCUGCACGAGUUCCAGGCCGGCGACGCCGUCACCUGGCUGCGCUCCGUGGACCGGAGCCUCUUGCUGCAGGGCUGGCAGGACAUCGCCUUCAUCAAUCCGGCCAACGUGGUGUUCGUGUACAUGCUGGUGCGCGAGCUGGUGGACGAGGACGUGACCUCGGAGCAGGAGCUGCAGGCCGUGGUGCUGACAUGCCUCUACCUGUCCUACUCGUACAUGGGCAACGAGAUCUCGUACCCGCUCAAGCCCUUCCUCGUGGAGCAGAGCAAGGACGCCUUCUGGGACCGGUGCCUGGACAUCGUGUCGCGGCUGUCCAGGGACAUGCUGCGGAUCAACGCCGAGCCGGGCUUCUUCACGGAGAUCUUCACCGAGCUCAAGAUGUGGGGCAUCAACAGCGCGCUGGGGAUGCACCUGAUGCACCCGCACACGCACGCCGCGCACGCGCACGCCACGCACGUCAGCCAGACGCGGCAGCACCAGCACCGCGUCACGGUGACCAAGGGGUCACCGGGGAGGAACCCCGCGGCCAGCUGCAAGCCGCCAGCGCCGCAGCCACCGCACCUCCUAGUGCCGCCGCCAGUGCUGGCGCCGCCCAUGCUGGCGCCGCUGGCCACCCGGGACGACGCGCUGUCCGACGCGGAGACGCCGAACCCCAGGCCAGCGCUGCCGCUGCCGCUGCUCACCGCCUGGAACGACGCGUCCCCCGACGAGAACCACAACCCCAAGAUGCUGCCCAGCGCCACCACCACGCGCUCCCGCGAGGACAACAACGGCAACGAGUUGAGCGCCGCGUCGUCCCGGGUGUGCUCGGCGGCGUCCACGCCCGACGCCGAGGACACCCUGACGACCGACGGCGUGCCGCACGCCGCCGCCACGGCCACCCCGGCCGAGGUGGACCAGGCGGAUGCGGACGGCGGCCAGGGCACGACGGCUGCUUGA